ACGAUUGGGGCUUCGGCCGGUCCCUUUCCUAAAACCCCGACGAGAAGGGUAACGAAAGAGGAGAGCAAGCGAGCGAGCGCGCGCUUCUCUGCUUCCUUCAGCGAUGUUCUCAAUCGCCGCGAUCAACGACCCCGAGUCCUGCGGCCAGUGGGAACCCCUCGCGCCGACGAAAGAAGCCCAGGAAUUUCAUCUUUCUCAAACAUACCAUGACGGGCUUUUAAAAUUGCAAGCUAAGGAUUAUGCAAAAGCUCGUGAACUCUUAGAAGCCGUCCUAAAAGAUCCUAUAAUAUCAAGUUCCCAGGUUGGUAAAGACACUAGUGAUGGCCAUCUAUUGCAGCUAAGAUUUUUGACCUUGAAGAACCUUGCUACUGUUUUCCUUGAGCAAGGUCCUGCCUACUAUAAAAAUGCUCUUCAAUGCUAUAUUCAAGCUGUAGAGAUUGAUGCAAAUGACUCAGUUGUUUGGAAUAAAUUGGGGACAUUGUCAUGCACCAUGGGUUUAUUGAGUACUUCUCGUUGGGCAUUUGAGCAAGGGCUUUUGUGCAGUCCCAACAACUGGAACUGCAUGGAAAAACUCUUGGAGAUACUUAUUGCUAUUGGGGAUGAGGUCGCGUGCCUUUCAGUUGCAGAGCUAAUACUGAGGCAUUGGCCAUCCCAUUCUCGUGCUCUUUUCGUCAAGAAGACAAUAGAAAAUGCAGAGCCAGAACCAUUUGCACCACGUGGCGUAGACAAACUGGAGCCAAAGCACAUUAGGCUGAAGUUUCCUGACAAAAGAAAUGCAGAAUAUGCCGAUAGUGAUGAGAAUACUGCAACUAAAAAGCAUAAGACGAGCUUAGAACUCAAGUUGGCUGGGGCAACUUGGGAAGCUCUUGCAGAUGGAAUCUUGAGCAUCUUUCAUUCCACUUCUGAAAAGGAAUCCAAAUCCGGUUUCUCACACAAUGAUGCGUUAGAUGAAAAUUCAGAUGAUGGACAAGGAAAGGUCAUUCAUUAUGAAAAAAUUGGGAAGUACAGUAAUGUCAGAAUAGAUCUAUGCUUAUCUAAUUCAGAGAUUGCAGUAGAUUCUAUAGAAAGGAAACUACAGGCAAGUCCAAUUGGUGAGAAGACAUCACUUUCUUACACUUGUGAUGAAACGAGUACAUCCAGAGAAAAGGAAAGCUGUGAAGACAAAGAACAUCCACAAGAAAGGCGAAGUACACGUCUUGAAAGGCUUAGAAGUCGCAAAUCUGGGAAAGAAGAACUAGAGUUUAGCAACACCAAGGAUUUGGGAGAGGUUGUCUUCCGAUUUCUAGAACCUUUUGUUUGCAAUCGGCCAAGACAAAAUGACCAUGACAAUCCUGAUGAUUCUUCUGGUCUAAGUGCUGAGUGCAUCAAAUAUUCAGCUGCACUUGAACACAAUGAUGUCUCACAGUUCCUAUCAAAGGCUUCCAAAAAUUUUGGUGCAUAUCAUAUAGGCCAUUUGUUAUUGGAAGAAGUUUCUCAUAUCAGCAUUCCUUUCCAAGAUAGCUUUGUGAAGUUUUUAGAAUUAGAGAAGCUAACAAGACACUGGGGUCAGGAUAGGACUCCAGUAUGUAGCUUGUUUAUUGCGGAGUUAUACUAUGACAGAGGAUCCUUAUCAGCUAAUGAAUCCGAAAGAUCAGAGUUAUUUUCUGAGGCAUCAUAUCAUCUUGCUAAAGUCAUUGAGAAGGUAGCUCUUGAUUCCUCAAAAGACUUGACUGGUUUAUGUGAUUUGGUUGGCAGCUCAAAAACUGCUUCAGAAGAAAACAACUCUGACAAUAUGAAGCUUGUAAGUUGUGUAGUAGAGACUAUCUCUGUUGGUAAAGCAAUGACAGAGGAUUCUAGUUGCCAGGAAUUUAGGAAACAAGAUGCUUUUUCAACAAAUGACACUGCCUUUUGGGUCCGUUUCUUCUGGCUAAGCGGUCACUUGUCCCUUUAUUCCGGUGGUAAAGACAAAGCUUUUAGGGAGUUCUGUGUUUGCUUGUCCCUUUUGGCAAAUAGCAAAACAGUGAAAGGGACACCCGAUUCAGUUUUUCUACCUCACUGCAAGCUUGUGAGACUACUAACCAUUAGCAUAAUUCGUUAUGAAAUUAACUUACUGAAUUUAGAUGCAUUACUGGGAAUGUCUAUCAAGGAAAUGAUUGAGAAAGGAAUGUAUGCAAAGUGUAAAGAUGUACUUUCUCCACUUCUGCUCUCGAAUAAGAACUUUUACCUUGAAAUACUCUCUAAUGCCCCAAAGGAAAGUGAAAGAGUGAUAGCCAUCGAGUUAUCAGCACUAGAUUGUCUAAUGACAACGUGUGAAAAAACAGAACCAGUUGAUAUUGAUGCUUAUUUAAACUGUCACAGGAGGAAGCUACAAAUACUCACUGUUGCAGCUGGUAUUGUAGAUCCUCUGACAUCGGAGAAAGACAGAAGCUCGAUUGACAAAGCAACUGUUGCUUCUGAUCUGGAUAAUGUAGAAAACACAAGGAAGAAGUGGAUACAUAUGGUUGCUGAAGAAGUGAAGGAUAUAUCUCGAGUUGCGACACAGGUGAAAAACAUCAUUGAUCAAAGGAAAGGUCAUAGUGACUCAAAUUUCGUGGAUAGCAUAAUUAGUGAAAUUCAGACUCUACUACUGGCAGUUAUGUGCUAUGCAGUGAGAAAAAUCAUCUCCCUCAAAGGUUCCUGCUCAGGAUCUUCAAAUCAUGUUGAUCAAUUGGAUGGCUGGUGCCUUGUUGAUGCAGGUGUCGCAUUUUGCAAGCUUCAACACCUCGACCCUUCUGUUCCCAUAAAAACUCAAGCUGAUUUAAUUGUGGCUGUUCAUGAUUUGCUUGCGGAGUAUGGACUCUGCUGUGCUGGUAGAGACAAUAAAGGGGAGGAAGGGAUAUUUCUUAAGCUUGCAAUUAAGCAUCUUUUAGCCUUGGACAUGAAGCUGAAAUCAUUAACAGGAGGUGUAAAUGGAAAAGAAGAAAACGCUUCGCAUAAGGAUGGCUCAGAAGGCAUGACUCCUGAGCGUGUCAUAACUUGCGAAGAACAGGAUAAAGAUGUGGAAGGACUUGAGAGUAAAAAGAAUGUGGUGGAUGCUAAGUCCAAUUCCUAUACAGAGCCAAAUGAAAAAUACAUUAAUCCUGAUACUAUUAGUUUAGUUGGCGAUGAAGAUAUAGAGGAUGUGGAACUUCAAAUUGAUAAUGCUCUAGGCCAGAGUUUUUUCUGCUUGUAUGGUCUAAAUAUAAAUCCAGAUUCAUCAAGUGAAGAUGACCUGGCGGUCCAUAAGAACACUAGUCGUGGAGAUUACCAAACCAAAGAACAAUCGGCAGAUGUAUUUCAGUAUAUAUUACCUUAUGCAAGAUCUCUUUCUAGGGCUGGCUUGAUUAAACUACGACGAGUUUUGAAGGCUAUCCGUAAACACUUCCCUCAACCACCUGAUGAAGUGUUGGCUGAAAAUGCAAUUGAUAAUAUCUUAGAUUGUCCUGAUUUAAGUGAGGACAAACUUUCUGAAGUGUCUAGGUCUGAUGGAAAUUGGGACUCUAUCAUGAACCAUUUAUUCCCUAAUGGAAGUGGGGCCUUAACAUACAAGACAUUAUCAGCAGUGGGCUCUCAGCCAUACUUUGAGGUUUAUGGCAACUUAUAUUACUUAAUAGCCCAGGCAGACGAAACAAGUGCCACAGACAAAUAUGCUGGCUUUGUUCUUAGAAAAGAAGGGGAAGAAUUUGUGGAGCAAAGUGCUAAUCUUUUCAAAUAUGAUUUGCUCUACAAUCCGUUGCAUUUUGAAAGUUGGCAGAAGCUUGCAAAUAUUUAUGACGAGGAAGUGGAUUUGCUGCUGAACGAUGGCAGUAAACAUGUUAAUAUUGUUGAUUGGAGAAAGAAUACCACCCUUCCUCAAAGAGUUGAGACUGGCCGGAGGCGGAGCCGCAGGUGUCUAUUAAUGAGUUUAGCUCUUGCUAAGACUCCAGUUCAACAGAGCCAGAUACAUGAACUACUGGCUCAAGUUUACUAUGACAGCCUUCAGAAUGUUGUACCGUUUUAUGAUCAAAGGUCUACAAUACCGACAAAGAAUGAAGCAUGGAUGGCUUUUUCUCAAAAUUCAAUGAAGCAUUUUGAGAAGGCAUUUGCUCUUAAGCCCGAAUGGUGGCAUGCAUUUUACUUGGGAAAACUUUGUGAAAAAUUGGAAUAUUCCCCUGAUAAGGCAUUUUCAUAUUACAACAAUGCUGCUUCUUUGAAUCCUUCUGCUGUUGACCCUGUUUACAGGAUGCAUGCUUCGCGGUUGAAGCUACUUUAUACUCGAGGAAAACAGAAUUUAAAUAUCCUUCAGAUUGUUGCUGUCUAUUGUUUUAAUAAGUCAACAAAAGAAACAGUCAUGGAAAAGCUAGGUUGCACUAGCCUGGAUCUUAUGGAGGUUGAUGUUAAAGAUGUCCGUCUUUCAGAUGACUCAAAAAUGAAAAUGGGCACUGACACUCAGUUAGUAGAUGAUGUCUGGCACAUACUUUAUGAUGACUGCCUUUCAGCCCUUGAAGUUUGUGUGGAAGGGGAGCUGAAACAUUAUCACAAGGCAAGGUACAUGCUUGGCCAAGGACUCUACAAGAGGGGUGAGUUUGGGGACCUGGAGAGGGCAAAAGACGAACUCUCCUUUUGUUUCAAGUCAUCUCGAUCCUCCUUUACAAUAAAUAUGUGGGAGAUUGAUGGUGCAAAAAGAGCAAGACGAAAAAAUCCAGGUCAUGGAGGGAAUAAGAAGACCCUGGAAGUCAGCUUAUCAGAAAGUUCACGGAAAUUUAUUACUUGUAUUCGAAAGUACAUCUUACUUUACUUGACCCUAUUGGAGAAGACCGGGGACUUGUGUACGCUUGAGAGAGCUUAUGUUUAUCUCCGAACUGAUAAAAGGUUCUACUUGUGCUUGGGAGAUAUUGUCCCUGUUGGCCUUGGGAAGUACGUGCAAGUAUUAACUUCAUCAAUCCGUAAGGUUCAGAAUACUGGAGCUACUGAUAGUGCCUCUCUUGAGCCAAUGUUGGAGAGAAUGUUUAACAUAUUCAUGGACCAUGCAAAUUUGUGGGCAGAUAUAAGCAGUUUGCCUGAGGUCAAUAACCCUGACUUGUCAGAGAGCAACUUAUAUGCUUAUAUCCAUCAAUAUAUUCAUUUACUGGAAAGCGAUACGCGCUUAGAAGCACUUGAAGGAAUUAAUGAGAAGAUUCGGAAGCGUUUCAAAAACCCAAAACUAUCUAAUAGCAACAUUGCCAAAAUAUGUAGGCAUGCUUCUUUGGCAUGGUGUCGAUGUAUUCUUAUUAAGUUGUCUGCAAUCACACCACUCCCUGAUUCAGAGUGCCCUAGUGACCAAUCUGGUCAUGUAGAAACUGGCCUUCAACUAUUUGUUGACCUACAACCGGAUGAGUUUCUGAGUUCAUCUACAGAAGGUCCUUAUUCCAGAGGCCUGGAUUUAAACUUAUAUCAAACUCUGUCAAGACUAAAAAAUGUUCGUAUUCAGCAAGCGUUGGAAGAAAACUUGGAGGCUGCAGCCACUUUGUUGAGAUGCACAUAUAAUUACUAUAGAGAUAGCUCUUGUGGAGCAGUUCCAUCUGGUAUCAACUUAUACACAGUAUUUUUCCCAUCACAUCCAUCAGUUGAAGGGCUCCAGCAAGUAGACCAGGAUAGAAUUGAUGUUCUUGAUCUUAGCAUCCCAAGGAAGCUGCUUCUUUGGGUGUAUACACUGGUUCAUGGUCGUUAUUCAAGUAUCUCAGCAGUUGUAAAGUAUUGUGAAGAGCAUGCCAAGUCAAGGAUGAAGAGGGGAGCCAUGACAUCACCUUCUGUUUGUCAACCUGUUGUAUCCAUAUCUGUUGCCCAUGCAGGCGCGGUUAAAGAAAGAAGUGACAGGGAUGAGUACAGUGAAGCUGACGAACAGCCAUCAGCUACUGCUGUGGUUUCUGCUUCCCCACACCAAGAAGACAUUGCACCAACCUCGAGUGUUCUUGCUCUCUGUGCUCCACAACUUCAACGUUGCAACAAUAACAAGGGGGAAUAAAUUAAUGAUACUAAAAGGGUGCAAAGGAAGAAGGUUCAGAUGUUAGUUAACAGCUGUUGCUGAGCUUCAAGAUGACUCUGUACUCUAUUGAUGUGUAAAUCACACUUGUUGUAAAUUAAUAGGGUAUAGUUUACAGAUUAGGAGAUGGGUUAGAGAAUCCGAGUUGUGAUUUUUUCAUGUUUUCAUGUGUUUUAA